UCUUUUGCGUUUACAGAUCGAGUCCUUUCCGCUCCACAUGCUUUUCCGCUAUAAUGUUAGAUUUAACAUUUGUCUGCGUAGGUACUCCAUUUUCUGUGGUUUUUUUUCCUUGAGGAAAUGGAAGCUCUCCCUGUUCUGCCUCUGUCACUCCAUCUUUCUUGUUCUCUACCUUCCUCUUCCAUUAAUGGACGGCCCUUGCGCUUCUUCUGCCUCCUGUUCACAAUUAUGAUAUUUUGGCUGUCCUCGCACUGUGAUGGAGCAUGCAUAAAGCCUUUCAGAUGUGGGUUUUAUAGUUUGGAUUAUCCUUUUGGAUGGAAGAACAGCGGCUGCGGUGAUCCCACGCUUCAGCUAGACUGUGAUUCAUACUUAGGUAUGCCUUUAAUUAGUAUUAGUGGACAUCAAUACUACAUACGACUGCCCACAAUCUUUUCCGCAGAAAAUUCCAGCCAAUCCAUGACAAUAAUUGACAAUAAACUAUGGGGAAGUUCAUGUGAUCCAUCCUCGAGUAAUAGCACAGCGCAGUUUUGGUCUAGCUCUCAAUUUCAUAUUGCAAAUGGCUACAAGAAUAUAACCCUAGGGGAACAGUGCGAACAAGAGAACUUGCCCAGUAACGCAUCCAAAUUAGAGUGUAGCGAUGAUUGGUAUUACGUACCCACUUCGAACUUGAGUUUGGCUACGGUGUAUUGUAAAUCAUAUGUUCAGCUACCAGUGAAUAUAGACCCAAAACUACCUCGAUCCACGAGUCUGACCGAAAUUGUACAGCAAGGGUUCGAAAUAGAAUGGGAUUUCAGCAGAGGGUGCGAGAAUUGCGUGUCAAGAAACGGUACCUGCAAUUAUAACACUACAACCAUGAAGCCAUUUUGCCACACGGAAGAUGCAAUCCUUAAUCUGACUUCACAGCAUGACCAUUACUUACAAAUUUUUAAUGACUCUUUCGAUUCAGACACUCGCAAUAAAUCCAGGUUCAUCGUUAUUUUAGUUUGCUCUAUGGGAGGUGUUGCUUUGGUAGCAGUCAUAGUACUGCUUUGUAUUUAUAAUUGGAAGAGGAGAAAUCUGCCUGCUAAAGAAGCCAUCGCCAAUCGGUUCAACAAGUAUCAGGAGAUGGGUGUAUGUCGACCGGAGUAUACAACAAGUAACGUGUCAAAAUUUUCUUACAAAGAACUUCAGGAAGCCACAAAUUUCUUUGAUGAAAAGAACGAGCUUGGAGAUGGAGGGUCUGGAGCAGUAUAUAUGGGAAAACUACUUGAUGGACGGGUAGUAGCAGUGAAAAGGCUUUAUCAGGAUAACAACAGAAGGGAAGAACAAUUCAUCAACGAGGUACACAUAUUGUCCACUCUGCGCCAUCCAAAUCUCGUUCAGCUCUACGGUUGCACACAUCGAGACAGCCCGAUUUUGCUGCUUGUUUACGAAUUUGUGGCAAAUGGGACCUUGGCGGAUCAUCUGCACGGGAACCGAAGAACCCCAAAAGGGUUGCCCUGGCAAACUCGUUUAAACAUUGCCAUAGAAACUGCUCAGGCCUUGGCUUUCCUGCACAGCAUAAAUCCGCCCAUAUUUCACAGAGAUGUGAAAUCCAACAAUAUUCUGUUAGAUGAGAAUUUCAGAGCAAAAGUUGCAGAUUUUGGGCUUUCCAGAUCCGCACCUUUUGAUGUUUCUCACAUCACAACUGCUCCGCAAGGCACGCCAGGGUAUGUUGACCCAGACUACCAUCACCGUUUUCAGCUUACAGACAAAUCUGAUGUUUACAGUUUUGGGGUUGUUUUGGUGGAGCUCAUCUCUGCUAAAGUAGCUGUGGAUACCAAGCGUGAGGACAGUGAAAUCAGCCUUGCUUAUAUGGCAUUAGACAAGAUCAGAAGUGGGGCUUUGGAUGAAUUGGUGGAUCCAGAUUUGAAGGUUGGGAAAAAGCAGGAGGUGAAACUCAUGGUCUCUGCUGUUGCAGAAUUGGCUUUCAGGUGCCUGGCUUGUGACAGAGAUGUCAGACCAGACAUGAGGGAAGUUGUCGCUCGUCUUGAGGAAAUCAAGGAGAUGGACAAAACCAGGGUUAACAAAGAGCAGGAUUCAUUGAGCAAAGAAUCUAGCAAGUUGAUUAGUGAUUUGCCACCUGUUUCUCCAAUUUCUGUACACGAAAAAUGGCCCAGCACACCUUCUUACACUUCUGAGAUGAGUGUAUAAUUCCUGUCGGUAAAGUUUAAUUUCACUUAAAAAAACAGAGCUGAAUUUUUACCUACAUAAAGAUUUACAAUAAAAAACAGAGCAGAUUUUUCUUUUUUUAAUUAAAUCAUUAUACAUACAGAAUUACUAUAUGUCGUAUUAUUAAUUAGAAUUUCCAUUAUCAUCAAAUUAGAGUUUUAAGAAAA